GCUGCUAAAGGCCUUCUGAUCCCUGAUAAAGUAGGUUAACGACGCUUUAGCAAACACAGAGGCUUUUCCGGGUAACUUUCACUAACCUGUGAAGGUUCAAAUGGAGGUGUUGGUCGUGUUUGUGUCGCUGGCUUCGGGGCGAUGAAACCAGGAGAAGAAGGACUGUGAAGUUACUAAGAAUCCUGCCAUGUCCAGUCCCACCUGGCUGCCGCCGAGGACUCUAGACAGCCAGGAUCGAUCCGUCCCCCAGAUGUCUCACUCCGCAGGGCCUCCCAUAUACCAAACCGUCAACAAGAAAGGUGGCCCUGACUUCCGGGGGCCAAAAUAUGCUCCUUACGACCAGAAUGGAGCAGGGGGAAUGGCGAAUAGGUACAUGGCAACUGGACCCACAGGUGGGCCCAUUCAUCAUUCAUCAAAUGAUCACUAUUAUCCUCCCCAUCAUGGCCACAAAGAGGAUCGAAGCUGGAGCUCUCACCUGGACAGCUAUGAUAUGAUGCAUCGUGGUCCUGAGAAAAGCACCAACUACCACUCCAAGAUCGAUGCCGAUAUCGACUCCCUCACCAGUAUGCUGGCUGACCUGGACAGCCACCCCCAGGACUCCGCCAACCAGCUCUAUGACAACGUGCCUUACAACAAGUACAUCUCAGGGGAUCACUACAAGUCUGCACACCAGAGCGCAGCCCCGACUCAGGGUCGGCCGUCCAUGGGCUACAGCUCUCACCCCCAGAGUCAGUACCACCCAGCCCCUCCGUAUCCUAGCGAGCACCAGACCCCCCAGUACUCCCACCAACAGGACUUCUACUCCACUUCCACCCCUAAGCCCUACCCGCAGCCCGUCCCAGCCUCCUACACCACCGCCUCCACUCCCACUGGGCCCCGGUUCAGCGUACAGGUCAAGACGGCGCAGCCCGUCACCUACUCUCAGACGGGGAGGCAGGCGGAGCAGGCCUACACCCCUCCCCCUCCUCGUCAGCACGUGUCUCGGCCCCCGGCCCAGAACCAGGCGGGUCCACAGGGCUGGUACCCUCCACACCCCAACUCGCAGGUUCAGGAGCUGCACUCCGAGGGAGGCUACAAGGGCAACAACCCUGGAGCUGGAGGGAGAGUUAACCAGGUUCCUCUGUCUAAGAGAGGGAUAGAAAAGACCCAGACAGCUCAGACGUCAGCGCAGACGCCUUCUUAUCAGUCCAGCAAGCUGGGGGCGGCAACAACAAGACCUGAGGAGGAGCUGGAGCGGCUGACCAAGAAGCUGGUUUAUGACAUGAACCAUCCGCCUGCAGAGGACUAUUUCGGUCGCUGCGCGCGCUGCGGGGAUAACGUGGUGGGCGAUGGCAGUGGCUGCAUCGCAAUGGAGCAGGUUUUCCACGUAGAGUGUUUCACAUGCAUCACCUGCCACGCCCGACUGCGAGGGCAACCAUUCUACGCCCUGGAUAAGAAGAGUUACUGUGAGAGCUGUUACAUUAGCACUUUGGAGCGCUGCUCUAAAUGCUCCAAGCCCAUCCUGGACCGGAUCCUGCGGGCCAUGGGGAAAGCCUACCACCCUCGCUGCUUCACCUGCGUGGUCUGUAACUGCUGCUUGGACGGGGUGCCGUUCACCGUGGACGCCACGUCUCAGAUACACUGCAUAGACGACUUUCACAGGAAGUACGCCCCUCGCUGCUCGGUAUGUGGAGAGCCAAUCAUGCCAGAACCGGGCCAGGAGGAGACCGUCAGGAUUGUAGCUCUUGACCGCAGCUUCCACGUUCACUGUUAUGUUUGUGAGGAAUGCGGCCUGCUGCUGUCGUCUGAAGGCGAAGGUCGAGGUUGUUACCCGCUGGAUGGACACAUCCUGUGUAAGAGCUGCAGCGCCCGCCGCAUCCAGGACCUCUCGGCCAAAAUCUCCACCGACUGCUAGCAGAUCUCCUCCUCUUCCUGGUUUCUGCCUCCCUAAUCUUCAGAGAUCCAACCCCCCCAGGCAGCACAUUAAUAACGGCACGAACAAUCCUUAUCAUUUCCCCCUCAUUUGUUGUUGUCUGCAUCACUCUGCCACUCUUUUGUUGAUAUUGUUGUUUUUGGUGCACUAUUAAUCAUGUUUAGCUCAGAUUAGUACGACUGUAGCCUGAUCUGCAGGCAGCUUGGGCUCCACUUUCCCUUCGGUACUGAUUAUAUCUUUAGGAAAAAAACCUGUUGGGACAGCACAGUUUCAGCUCACACCUAUUGUCUAAACAUAUUUCAAACACGGGGAAAAGAAGAAAAAAAAAAAAUCUAUUUUUGUAAAACACUAUCAAAGAACUGAACUGCCUCACAGUUUGCAUACAAGAGCACAGAAUCAACAUAAUACUGUGAUUGUAAAUACGGUGCUGGUUUGGUUUGUAAGCCUUUAGAUCAAAGGAACGUCCUGUGAAAUAACCUCGACAUUUAGACGUGAAGAAUGUGCCGUUAAAACAACCAGUUUUUACUCCUUUAGCUUGUAUUAAACACUCUAGCAUUAGGUCCUUUUUGCCCUUUAGCUUCUAAAUCCGUCGGUCAGAUAUAAUGCUUUGAUUUUUGCUUGUAUUUGGUGUUUGUUACGUUCGAACUGCAGGCGCAAAGAGAAAUGAAUACGAGACUCACAAGGUCAUAGAUGUAUCAUUAAUCUGAUCCUACAGAAAUAUUAGAAUCAUGUCCGUUCUAUAGUGGCUGAUUGAUGUAGGAUUGAAUGCGCGUUUAAAGUGGGUUGGUUGCGUUCAUAGUUGCACUCAUGCUGUCAGAGUUCAGGCUCUGCAGCGACAGUAUUAAUCGCGGCCCAAAAGCUCCCACACAGGCUCUGAAGGGAAGAUAAAGAGCGGAGCCUGUAGCCUUGGUUUAUAGAAACUGAGGUUUCAUUGUUAAACAUGUCCUUUAUAAACAUUUUAAAUGAAAAUAAGCAACAAAAAGCAAUACCUAUCCUACUGUUGCUGUUGUCUGUUACAUCUAUUUUAUUUGAUGUUCAGAUCAGAAAUCUUUAAACAUGAGCUGAGUCUUUUUUUUUUCAUGUUUCAAAUAAACUUAUUCAGAAGGAUCCACCUUUUGCCAUUCUGUUGUGUUAAUGGAGGCAGGCUAAAACAGUACGGAGGUCUGCACAGGUCGUUAGCCUGCUAUAAUAACAGUGAUGGCUGGCGCUCCCAUUUCCACAGCAGGACUUCUGUUUGUGUUUCACGAUUGAAAAUCCUUCACUGUAACCAAUUUACUCUGUUUUUUGUUGUUGAUUUAGGGAAAAAAAAUAUCUGCAACAACAAGUGGGGGAGGGGCAAAGCUGCUUAACUCUAUGGUCAAUUUAAUCAGAGAAAAACUGAAUUUACUCUGGUAAAUUAUUUCUCAU